CGUGGUUUCGCGCUGACGUCUGAAUUAAAACAGACGCCCGAAAAGGGGACAAUUAUAACACGAUUUCAAAGGACACAAUGGAAUAGUGUUUAAACUCUAGUGUUCAAACAAAGAACUUUCUUCCCUUCCAGCGUGGUUCACAAAAAUACGUUUCACGUGGAUUGUUCUGUAAAGGCUGGUUUCUAGGAGCUAUUUCUGGUCUACGACAUAUACUAGCAUUUGUAUGCCCCAUUUUUACUCACCAACCAGCCUCUACAAAGCGACCACAAACAGUUUAGAGAUGUAAAUAAGCAGCUACAACAAGACAAAUCGAUGUUUAAUAGUAAACACUUAGUGCACAAAGACUGACGCAGCUUGAAAUGACCCAGCCGAGCUGAAACAAGCGCUAUGGUCGCUUCUAACGAGCUCACGCCAACAUGGCCGACGAGGAAAAACUGCCGAUACCCCCAACUUUUCUCGAAAAGCUACUCUUCUACACAACAGCCACCUUCGUACUUCUCGCGACCUUCAGUCUGUUCGCGUUCCUCUUCUUAGUGCCCUUCGUAAUCGAGCCAGCUUUCACUACAAUAUUCAUGCAGUUCGAUCCUGUCGCAGCAUUAUGCGUCACCACACAAGUCAAACAUCUACUCGGAGUCAGUAACUGCUCGUGGGCCUCUUGCAGAGAAGGGUGUACCAAGGACUUGUUCGAGUGCACCCAAAUAAGAGUCAACUACAAACUCGGCUACGCACCUAACAUAUCUGCCACCGAAUACGAAGCACUCAUCAGAGCUGAAAGAUCCUUGAGGAAUUACGAUUACGAAAACUACGAAUCGCCAUUAGAAAAGAACUAUCCAGAAAUGGAGGAACAAGAACUGCCCGAGCCGAUCCCUACAGGGUUGCAGGGGAAUGACUCAGAGUGGUAUUUCACUGGAGCUAGAUUAUUCCCCAACGUAAAAGGGUGCGGUUACCCACCUAUACUUAAUUGCACAAUUUUCUACGGGAAAUACAAGCCCAUCGGCAAUAAUUAUAGCUGUUACUACAGCCGAGUAGACCCCGGUUUAGUCAUCACAGAGUUAGAUAUGUGGCAGAACACGCUAAAUUUAGUUUACGCGAUGGCGAUCCCCAUACCGUCAUUCUUUAUUUCGGUUAUAUAUUUGACGUUCGCGUAUUUUAAGAUUUAUAAUCAGGAGGAGGAAUCGGAGCAGGCUCCGUUGCAGAGCGAUGCGGAGGCGAUGGCGACAGGGGAUGACGGGAAACCGACAACCCCUGGGUCUGACACAUUUAGGGAAGACCUGGCGUGUUUCGGUCACCAACUGAAAAUGCAGCUGGCUAACGAAAAGCCUAAAGAAGGCUUUGAGUCUAACAGCCCUGCAAUUUCAAACUCUGCGUCAUUGUCUGGGACCAAGUCAUCUUUCGUGAACGCCUAAUGAAAAAGUCAUACACAGAGAUGACAGGGCUCCUGAAGAGGCAUUGGAUACAAAGUGCACCACGAAAUGAGGUGAAUAAAAUGAACAUUAAUUCUGAGAAGUUUUCGCUCGAUGUCACAGAAGCUUUUUGCUUUAAAAAUGGUCGUGAAAAAUUACUUAGAAAAGAUAAUUGCAAAAAAAAAAAAGAUUUUUAUAAAGCGUUGUGAAAAAAAUGAUAGGAAAGAAUUUUCGUGACAACAAAAACAUUUAAAUAUGUAUUAUAAUUGUAUAAUUUCAAAAAUUGGGUGAUGAAUAAAAUUUAUAUUGCUAUAAAAUAUGUGUCUUUGCUAUCUUAACAUUGUGAUUAUUGCCUAUAUAAUUAUUACUUAGAAACAAGCUCUUUACGUCAUAAUUUGUUAGGUAUGUGGCUGUAUCUUCACAAAAAUUCUGUCAUAUUAUUAUGAAUAAGCAAUUUAACUUUAUACUAACGCCUUAUAUAAUAUAAACCAUAAAUAUAUAUGUACU